GCUCCGAGGCGUUAAAACGGCCCCAUAUCCUUACUAACCCCAACAAGAAACUCUCCCGCUUUCCCAAUCUCACCGAUUCCGUUGAUUCGUUGCAGAGAGCGAAGAUGAUGCACAUGACCUUCUACUGGAGCAACCAGGUGACGCUCCUGAUCGAUUCAUGGCGGACAAAUUCAUGGCUAAGUUAUUCCCUCUCCUUGCUCGCUUGCUUCAUCGUUUCCGUUUUCUACCAGUAUUUGGAGAGCUAUCGCAUCCGUUUGAAGCUUCUUUCAUGUCGGAAGCCGUCGCCAUCGGAGAUCGAUGUUCCUCUCCUUCGAUCUAAAGUGGCUGGUAAGUGGACGGUUGUGAAAUUUGCAGAAUCUCUGUUUUUCGGAGUCAACUCGGCGAUAGGUUACCUUCUGAUGCUCGCGGUCAUGUCCUUUAAUGGCGGAGUUUUCGUUGCGAUUGUGUUAGGGCUUGCGUUUGGUUAUUUGGCGUUUAGGAGUGAUGAUGAGGAUUUCAGUGUUAGUGUUGAAAAUCCUUGUGCCUGUGCUUAGUUCUUCCUCAGUAUCGCGAAUCAGAUGAAAGCUGAAUGAAAAGUAAUUGCUGAAUCUGCUCCUUUCAGAUACGAAUCGGUUUCUUGCAUUGUCUUAUUAGAUCUGUUCUUUUCGUUUCGUGCUCAAUUGAUUGGCCGUUUACUUCAAUUUCUGCAGAUCUGUUUGGAUGUUUUAUGAUUAGAUAAUUUGUGCAUAAACGGAGUAAAAUAUUGUGAUUCGUCUGUUCGUCUGUCAAAUUGUAGAAAAUUUCAAUUAGGGGGGGAAACUCUACUGGUUGAUUAUGAUCCUUAUUUUGUUUUUUGUUGAUGAA